CCCACCAUCCGAUUGAAAACCACCGGCCCGAUGCGACUCUGCGACCUUUAUAUGCGCUUCUAGAGUCUACGCGACGCGAAGGAAGGAUCGACCGAAUCAGCCGUGCUCCAGUCCCGCUUCCCCUCCGGCCACGGCGGCGCUGCUCUCCGGCCGGAAGAUUGGAUCUUCCCCUACAAACCCAAGCAAAAGGAUAAAGAUUAGUUUUCUUUCCGUCAAAUUUCUUCUAUUCAUUAUAUUUGCCCCGGAAUUGAGUCCCUGCUAUUUUGAAGGUUUCUUCUCCGGGUGAAAUUCGAAUCCCAAAUCGGCUGGAAUUACUGUAGCGGCUGAUGCUAUUAAAUCUCUAGGCGACGAAUCGAAUCGAGCGAGUCGAGGAAUUAAGAGGUCAUGGCUGAGCACCUGGCGUCCAUCUUUGGCACGGAGAAAGACCGCGUGAACUGCCCCUUCUACUUCAAGAUCGGCGCGUGCCGCCACGGCGACCGGUGCUCCCGCCUGCACAACAAGCCGUCCAUCUCGCCGACGCUGCUGCUGUGCAACAUGUAUCAGCGACCGGACAUUAUCACCCCGGGCGUGGACGCGCAGGGCAACCCCAUCGACCCGGCCCGGAUCCAGGAGGACUUCGAGGACUUCUAUGAGGACAUCUUCGAGGAGCUCAGCAAGCACGGCGAGAUCGAGAGCCUCCACGUCUGCGACAACCUCGCCGACCACAUGAUCGGGAACGUGUACGUGCAGUUCCGUGAGGAGGAGCAGGCGGCCCGCGCGCUGCAGGCGCUGCAGGGCCGCUACUACUCUGGCCGCCCCAUCAUCGCCGAGUUCUCCCCGGUCACCGACUUCCGCGAGGCCACCUGCCGCCAGUUCGAGGAGAACAGCUGCAACCGCGGCGGCUACUGCAACUUCAUGCACGUCAAGGAGGUCGGCAGGGACCUGAGGCGGAAGCUCUUCGGUCACCUGCACAGGUCUCGCCGGAGCCACAGCCGCAGCAGCCGGAGCCCGAGCCCGUACCGUUACCGCAGGAGCUCAUCGCGGUCUAGGGACCGCAACGACGACUGCCACUACUAUUACCACUACCCUAGUGGCAGUAGUGGCCGGAGGAGCAGCGAGAGGCACCGCAGCUACGACAGCGACGGCAGCCGAAGGCGGCGCGGGCGGUCGAGGAGCAGGAGCCCGGUGAGGGAGGGCAGCGAGGAGAGGAGGGCGCGGAUCGAGCAGUGGAACCGCGAGAGGGAGGCGGCGCAGGUGUGAGCAGCGCGGCUGCAGGUUGCUGCAGUAUUGGUGUUGGCUUGGCUUGUUUACCAGGUUGCUGAAACUGUCAUCUUGCUGCAGUUAGGAUCAGGGUCAGGUCUUGAAUCGAACAUCAAAAUUGGAUGUCUAAUUGUGAUCUCGUUGUUAUUCAACUUAACUUUGGGAUUGAGUUGAUGGAACCUAAUUGCCUGUUUGAGUAUGACUUUGCGGAUGGUUAAGCGGU